AUGCCUUCUUCAGCAACACAUCACCUUGCUGCCGUGAUUCCGUCAAAAGGAUCACCACUUGAAUUCGUAGAGCGCCCUACUCCUACCCCUGGACCCGACGAGCUCCUGAUUCAAGUCAAGGCCAUCGCCAUAAACCCAAUCGACUACUACCGAUUCUUAAUCGGGGUGUUCGUCGACGUAUACCCAGCCACCAUAGGUAGCGACUACGCAGGAGUCAUCAUCGCAAAGGGCUCCAACGUAGCAGAUAACGUGAAAUUGGGCACGCGCGUUCUAGGCGUCUCCGCGUCAUUCGCGUCAAAGGGCGCACCAGACUAUGGCGCAUUCCAAGAGCGCGUACUCGUCCCUGCGUCUACGGUCACGCCACUGCCAGACGCGAUCAGUUUCGCCGAGGCGACUGUACUUCCUUUAGCCGUUCUUACAGCAUGGGCUGGGUGGUAUCAGCUUGGUUUGCCCCGUAACACCAAGUUCACCCCUGCGGACAAAAAGGGGCUUAUAAUCUGGGGAGGCGCGUCCAGCGUUGGAAGCGUUGUCGUCCAGGCCGCGCGACUGUUAGGCUUCACCACCUACGUAACAGCAAGCGAGAAACACCACGCAUACCUCAACAGCCUCGGCGCGACGCGUUUGUUUGAUUACAAGGACGCAGAAGUCGUUGACAAGAUUGCCAAUGCCAUUAAGGAAGAUGGUGUUUCGGUUCAGUCAGCAUACCAUGCCAUUGGGGACCUCCAUAGUACUUUGGAUGUGCUUCUCAAGGUCAAGGGGGAGGGCAUCGCGAAAGUGGCUCACGCGCCUCCUAUACAAUCCGACACACCCAAAGCAGACGGUAUCGAGGUCAAGUUUGUCAUUCCACCUAUGGAUUCACCUGAAGCAACCGCAGAGUUCAUUCAAUUCGUUUUCACGGAUUGGUUAGAAGGGAAACUGGCAACAGGAGAGAUUGUACCAAGUCCAAGAGUCCAACUUGUUGCAGGAGGGUUGCGCUCUCUCCCAAAGGCGUUGGAUGAGUGGAAAAACGGAGUCAGUGGAGCGAAAAUAGUAGUUGAGCUCUGA